GCAUCCCUCCACCUUCCACCUGGUAAGUUUGCAGUGCUUUCGUUUGCAGCGUGUCCAGCUUGGUAGCCUGGUAGCCGAUGCUGCCUUCCGUUGCCGAGGUUCUUACCUGCUUUUGCAUGUCCCCGUUCGUUAAUCUUCACAGGCCAACAAUGUUCAACCGAGCAAUCCUCGCCUCGACCCGUACGCUCGUGCGCCCAACUUGCGCUAUCCGCGCUUCCGCUCGGAGGGCGACAGCGCCUGGAAUUUUGUCUCUCCGUGGAUAUGCAACACGAAAAUACACCCCAGAACACGAGUGGGUUAGCGUGGACAGCAACGGCAUCGGCACGGUUGGCAUCACCGAUUACGCCGCGAAGGCGCUCGGAGAGGUUGUCUUUGUCGAGAUUCCCGACGUUGGCACCAACGUGGAGAAGAAGGAGCAGCUGAGCGCUGUCGAGAGUGUGAAGGCGGCCAGUGAUGUCUACGCUCCCGUUUCCGGGGAGGUUGUCGAGGUGAACGAGGCGUUGAGCGACGACUCGGCGUUGAUCAACUCUAGUCCUUUCGAGAAAGGAUGGAUCGCAAAGAUCAAGUUGAGCGACAAGGCAGAGGUGGACGCCCUAAUGGACGAGUCUGCGUACGCUGAGCACUUGAAGGGAUCCGCAUAAGCGUGCAGAAAAUGAAGGCUGUACUAUACUCGACCGAAACGCCUUAGUCCUUCCUGUGUACGGCCGGCCCCUCCUGUCGUACGGAGAACGGUGUUGUAACUAGAAUCAUAUAAAUGUCACAUACAACGAUCACCCGACUCAAAGAAGCAU